AUGUUCAGAAAAAUAACUGCGCUCGAGGCUCUGGCAAUAGGCCCAGAAAAAUCACUGCAGAGCCGCUACAAGCCAGUCUCCGAGAGCAAAGAUGUUCUGUGGAGAGACAUACAGGCUCUGUGCCACUCUAGAAAGUACGUGGCUGCAUACGAGUGUGCAGUUUUGCUGAAAAACAUCGUGAAAAAAGAAGAGAAGAGAGAGCUCUAUAAAAGAUGUCUUCUCAUCAUAUCCCGGCUAUCUGUGCUACUUUCUGAUCCGUGCGCCAAUGACAGCUAUAGAGAGUUGAUCAAAGAGGAGUACACAGAUUUAUUUGUGUACAUGGGCCCGUACAGCUACAACAUGGGCGUAUUUCGGAAGGCAGAGACAUGUGCUCAGUCCGUAUACUCUUUCAUAUUUGACGAGUAUUUGAUGAAUGUAAAAAAGUCAAAAACCAAAGAAAAACAGGAGAAUCUGUUUUAUAGGCUCAUCAAAGUGCAUAUGGCACACAAAGACCCCUGGGAUUAUGAAGAGACAAAUGUAGACUUGUCUGCUCUACCCCCGCACAUACGAGAGCAGUAUGUACAGUAUACCACAGAUGUCUUAGAUAAGGAUGAAUAUGUGUACAAAAGAGAGCGGGUAGAAGGAGGCAGCAGCGGAGUUAAUUUGCAAAACUCAAAGUAUUUUAAAAACUUCAGCGCCAUCUACAAAAACAAAAAUAGCUAA